ACAGUGUUUGGUGUCCUGCAUCACUUUGAACUGCCUUGAUUACUACUCUAGGAGCGUAAAAUCCACGGUUGUUUUCCGUGCACGCAUUUACGUAUUUAAUUAUUUAAUAACAGAAUAAUUUCUAUUCAUCGCUUGAACUAGUUUUACUUGGUGAGGUUCCUGUGGAGAAGAGAAGAAAUGGAUUUGGUGUGUCUGGUGUGUUUGGCGCUGAGCAUCGGUGCUUGGUUCGCCUCUGCGGAGAGACACAGCGUCUACUGGAACAGCACGAACCCGAACUUCCUGUGGGACGAGUACACAGUGGAAGUGAAUAUCAACGACUAUCUGGACAUCAUCUGCCCCCACUACACCCACGGUGAGGUGUCAUCGCAUGCAGCUGAGCGCUAUGUGCUGUACAUGGUGGAGAGGGAGGACUACGAGGUGUGCAAGCCUCACUCUUUUGACCAGCUCCGUUGGGAGUGUUCGCGGCCGUUCGCUCCCCACGCUCCCGAGAAAUUCUCUGAGAAAUUCCAGCGUUUUACUCCCUUCACCCUGGGCAAGGAGUUCAGACAGGGAGAGAGCUAUUAUUAUAUCUCCAAGCCAAUGCAUCACCAUGGCCAGGAGUGUCUAAAGCUAAGAGUGGAUGUUGCCGGGCAGAAAGGCUCCGGAAAGACCAAUCUAGAGAAAUCAAAGGCGGAAGAUACAGGCAAAAGUUUUGAUGGAGGAAAAGCAAAGUUUCCCACUGAUGGAGGAGUUCACAACCCCUCAAACCGUCUCCCAGCAGAUGACCCUGCUGUGAUGGAGCCAAACGUCCAGAGGAGCAUCGGCAGUUCAGGAGCACAGCUUUUCUCCUUUCCUCUCUUCUUAACCAUGAUCCCAGUCCUAUUAGCCCUGAUGCUACACUAAGGCUGAGCAAGACGCCACAACAUAGACAAUGCUAAACCAAUGCCGGUCAUUGGGACCAUGAAUGUUUUUUUUUUUAUACAGACUUUUUUUUUAUACGAGCAUGGUGUCAGUGUGUGUUUGCGUGUGUUUGCGUGAAUGUGGAACGUGGAUCGUUCCAAAGAAGAAGACAUUUUUGACUGUUUAAGAUGCACUCUGUUUUUUUUUUUUGUCAUGAACAAAACUGCAAGCAAACUGAUCAAAAUCAAAUAGAAAAUGACAAGAGGAUUACAUUGUCUUCGUUAUCCUGUGUUCUCACCACUGGUACAGAUUUGCAUUACGCUCCUCAUCUCCAGCUGUUAAUGUCAUUUUUCCUCCUCUACAUGUAGAGAAAUUAUUAAUUCUGUGUGUUGGAAAUGUUGUCGUCUACUGCCAAAGUGGUAUACAUUAUGUAGGAUUUUUGUCAUGUUGUUGUGUAGCACUCAGCUCCCUGUUGUAUCUCCUCAAGUCUGUCAACCACUGACAUUCAUACAAAAGCAGUCACUGGGGUUUAAAAAAAGAAAACAAAUAGUCAGACCACUGGUUCUCAACCUUAUUUUAUUUCUUUUUUGUUUAUGAGCCUUUAAAGUGAUGCUGCUGCGCAGAUUAAACAGUGAAGUUAUAUUUGGUGUUUUUUUUAGUUUUUUUUUUUUACAUUUGAUGACGUUUUUCAUUCAGAAAAUUAGAAGAAAUUCACCACAAUUUAUUUGGAUCCUAGAAAUAUGUAUUUAUAUUUUAGGUCACAAGUCCUCACUAGUCGAUUACAUGUUCUGAGGGGUUGUGACUUGAGGUUGAGAGCCACUUAUCAAGAGACACAUACUAUGAGAUACAUUUUAAAAUGCACAGGGGGUUCAGGGAGCUGAGCUUCUUCAGUACUUAUUCACUCAUUCUACUGUACAUGGUACACUGGCUGAUGUGCAGAUGUGAUUCCACUUGCACAUUGUCAAACCUCAAACUGAAGGGACUUCCCAGAAUACAUUUACAUUUGUUUGUUUUAUUGCUAAACAUGCCAGUGUCAUUUUGUAUAUGUUUAUAUGUAAAUGUGUAUAUAAAGAUAACUAUAAGAAACUGUUUUAAGAUGUGAAAAAAAUCUUUAGUGAAAUAAACAAAAAAAAGUGCCGUAA